AUACAAGGGCUUUGCACGUAUUUUACGUACUACGUAUACGUAUAAUACGUACAUAUUACGCGUAUGUGGUGCAGCUGAGCUGUGCUCGCAGUGACCUGACAGACGUCUUCAUCGAGACAGUCACGUUUGUUUACGUGGCCGUCUCUUAUCUGAUCCAAACCGCUGGCUUUCGUGUUUAUUUAUUACUUACAUUAUUUAUUUAUUUAUUUGCUAAACUGUGUCAGUACUUUCCUGCUUGACUGUGUGACAUUUCAGGGAGCAUGGCCGACGGUCCAGACGCAGAUGUUGACGACCCGCCCAGUAUCAGUUUCCCUCCGCUCAUCACUGUGUCUGAUCUGCCCAGUGCCACUGCAGCAGGUCGGAACCUUAAGGAAUGGCUCCAGGAGCAGUUCUGUGACAAACCUCUGGAGCAAGACGACAUGCGGCUCCACAAUGCGGCCUAUGUCGGCGAUCUGGACACCCUGAGGAACCUCCUGCAGGAGGAUAGCUUCAGACGGCGUAUAAAUGAGAAGUCGGUGUGGUGCUGUGGCUGUCUGCCGUGCACCCCUCUGCGGAUCGCCGCCACUGCCGGACACGGCGCGUGCGUUGCCUUUCUCAUCGCUCAGGGAGCCGAGGUGGACCUAGUUGAUGUUAAAGGCCAGACGGCUCUCUAUGUAGCGGUGGUAAACGGGCACCUAGACUGUGUUCGGAUCCUGCUUGAAGCCGGAGCUGAUCCCAAUGGGAGCCGCCACCACCGCAGCACGCCACUGUACCAUGCUGCGCGGGUGGGAAGGGUGGACAUACUGCAGGAGCUCAUCAGGUUCAACGCUGAUGUUGACAUGGACCACCAGCUGGGCCCCCGGCUCCUUCUUAGUGCUCGCACCCUGAACACUCUGGUAGUGUGUCCUCUCUACAUCAGUGCUGCCUACCACCACCUCGAAUGUUUCCGGCUUCUGCUCCAAGCCGGCGCGCAGCCUGACUUUAACUACACGGGGCCCGUCUGCCACGAGGCCCUGACUCGCGGUCUGGCCUCCUGCCUGCUGGACGCAGUGCUGCGACAUGAGUGUGAGGUGGCCUUCAUUCACCUGCUACUGGACCACGGGGCCAACCCAGCUCUCGUGCCCUGGGACGAGUCUGAGCUGGAGGCUCCAAACCGGAGGAAAGUGGACCCAGAGGCACUGAGGGUCUUCCUGGAAGCAAGAAGACACCCUCGUAGGCUGACACACUCGUGUCGCAUCAGGAUCCGCAAAGCAAUGGGCAAAAACCGUCUAAACCACAUAUCAUCUCUACCCCUACCAGAACCAAUCAAGAACUUCCUGCUUCACCAAAACUGACUACCAUUCAUUUUCUCUUUUCUAACCCAAUCCUUAAAAAAGCCUCAGUAAGUCCCAAAGAAAGGUCAAUAUUUGCUUAUUAUUCUAACAAUGAACUGUUUAGAAGGUAGCAGAGCCACUGUAAGGAUGACUAGAAACGCUUCUGAACUUAACCUUAGCCAUGUGGAAUUUGUAUGUGUAUCCCACAGUUAAUGUUUGCCUUGUGAUCUAAAUCACCAGGAUGUGUCUGGCCCUAAUUCAGGUAGCACUUUUUAACUGAACAAUCACAAUGUGAAUGUCAUUUGGUUUGGUCCCAAUGACUUCAACAUGCCAUAUAAUGAAUAUCUCAUUAAUAGAUAGAGGAUUGUUCAGAUUCAGUUCUUCAAAUUGGUCUUAUGGUUUAUAUAAACCUGAAUUUCAGGCCUUUUGGGCAAGCAAAAUGUUCAACAACCCAGUAUCCUUAAGUUUGUACUGUAGAUUGGUUGCAGAUUGUGAUUUGAUAGAAAGAUGCUUAGUCCAAUCAUCUGCUAAAUAUUCCUGUUAAAUGUUUGCCUCUGUCAAAAUGAUUCUUGUGCAUCAGCUUGGUUUUCAUAAUUUUAGAAUAAUCAGUUUACUUAUCAUCCAAAGAUAUCACAGCGAUGUUAAUCAUUGAUUUGUGAACUCCUGCUUUGAGGCCUUUAGUUUGCCAUCUUAUUCUUUUUGAACCAGAAGUGACCACAUUUGGACAAGAAGGUCAUGCAUGAAACCUGACUGAACAAAAAUACAUAUCUUUGUUGGAGUUGUAUUUAUGUAAUUAUAGAAUAAAUUGAAAUGUGACUAAUUGCCGACAUAUAAAGUUGCAGAAAAAAAUUGCAGACUGGGAAAAUUGACAGUUUUUGCAAGGGAAUCUCUUAAGAGCCAGGUUUGUUUUGGAUGAUACACCAAGUGGCCGUUAGUGGUAUUGCACUUUCAGGAACCUCUGGUCUUCAGGAGGGAGUUUAUGGGGGCUCACAUACUCGCCCUUCACUCUCGUGACACCAGUGUGCUGCUACUGUAGCCAAGCCUAACACUGACUGUGGUUCAGGGUUGGAAGGAGGAAGUUGAUGUUUGUGUUACUAAAUGUCCCGACAUCAUACACCAAAUCUUUGAGUAUAAACCUAUUUGUUUUGUAUGAGGCAAAUGUUUAUGAAUAAAAGCAAUUUAAGGCCAUAAAUCCUGAGUGACUUACUAAUAGCAGGAGAAAUGUUUACAUAUUUCACCUAAUUGCUGUUGUAUAUGUCUGCACAUAGAUAAAGGAAACUUUGUAGGGACAUAGAAUCGUAGAAGGAAUAAAAAUAAUCUUAUGAAUCUCUUUUCUGUAACACUGAUAAUCUUUUAAAUAAUGAAUGAAAUCUUUUUAUGAUAAGCAGGAUAAGUUUGUAUUUAUUAGCCAGAAAGCUGCCUUUUCUGUGAGUUUGUUGUACCUUCUGUCUCCCAUUCAUGUUGUAGCACAACUAAGUGUUUUAAUGUUUAGCAUGUUGACAUGUUAGUGUGUUUUUGCUCUGUUUAUGUAAUGUUUAUUUGCAUAUAGUAAACAUAAUC